ACCAGAUGCGAUCAAUGUGAGAAAACCAACAACUGAAGUAUAAAGGGAGAAAAGGAAGCGUGAUAUAAGAAGACACUGAAAUGAAAAGUUCUUGUCCUUUUACAUUGGCACAGGACUUACAGUGUGAGUUGGAUAUGAGUCUGCUUUGCUGGGAUAGUGGGGAGCUUGGCCAGACCGGACAUGGCAGGCCAGGGGACCUCGGUCCAGAGGCCCAUCUGAGAGAGUUCACAGUGGCUAGGCUGGGCAGGGUGAAGCUGCUGGCAUGUGGAUUCAGUCACUCCAUUGUGAUUACAGUGGACAACAAGAUCUUUGCAUGGGGAAAUGGCACCAGUGGACAGCUGGGUGACGGAGAGAGGGCAGUAAAGGACCAGCCAGUCAAGGUUAAGUUGCCACAAGAACUGAACGUUAAAGGAGGUGACGCAGAUGUGGAUGUUGCCAAUAUAGUUGGUGUAGCCUGUGGAAGCAGACACUCCUUCAUAUGGACUGAAACUGGGCAGGCCUACAGUUUUGGGAACAACUUUUACGCCCAGCUAGGCUAUGACUUCCAGAGAGCUGACUUCAAAGAGCACCAGCUGGCACCACGUUUGUUCCAGAAUCUUCCAUCAUCUCUGAGAAUAUCUCAAGUGGCCUGCGGUGAGCGACACACUCUGUUUGCACUGGAGGACGGCAGUGUGGCGGCAUGUGGGCAGAAUGAAUAUGGACAAAUUGGCAGUGGUUCUAAUGAAAAUGUGGUCGUCCCUCGCUUUGUGGAGUGUGUGGACCAAGUGUCGAAGGUCACUUGUGGGGCAAACCACAAUCUUGCACUGAUAGGUGACGGCAGGUUGUUUCAGUGGGGCUGUGGACGGGCAUGUGGUAACAUAAAGGGGAACAUCCUGUUCCCAGAGGAAGUGACGCUACCAAGCUCGGCAGUGAGAGACAUUGCUGGAGGAUGUUGGCAUAGCCUGCUUCUAACAGAUGGUGGGAAUGUCUUUUCCUGGGGGAUGGGGCAAGAGGGACAGCUUGGACUUGGAGACGACAGGAUUCACAUCUCCACUCCUCGUCUUCUCAGCUAUUCUCAGCUAGCUGAGGUCACACAGAUACAAGCAGGGGAUAGCUACAGUGCAGCCAUUACAGCAGGUGGAGAGCUGCUUCUCUGGGGUCAGAUCCCCUGUGUGUCCUGGGUCAGUGAUCAUCCAGACCUUAAAAGGAUCUGGACCCCCCAGCCUGUUCCACUGGCAGGCAGAAAGGUGUGUGAUGUGGCCUGUGGUACCUGGCAUAUGUUGGCCCUCACCAGAAGCAGAGAGAAGAACAGAGAAUGUGCUCACCCAGAAACUGAAGCUUGCUUCAGAGACCUUGUCAGCAAUCCCCCACCGACGGAGCGCAUAGAGACGGAAAACACAGUGCAAGAGUCCAGGCAGGUUCGACACAAGCUGCUUCAAGGUCUGGAGAGACCAGAGGGCUCUGAGGAGCAGGAGAAAGAUGAAGAGAGUGAGAGUGCAGAGGAAGAAGAAAGACAUGAAGAAAAACCAAACAAAGAUGAGGGAGAUGGAGCGUUACACGAUUCAGCAUUUGCCGUAGCGAGGUCUGCAACGGGGAUGGACAGGAGAGGAAAUGGCCACUCAUCAAUCAAAUCUGAACAGGGGUACGAGAGGGAGGGUUGCAGGACAGCAGGGCCAAGGGAGCUGAGGAAAGAACCAUGCAGAAGAAGAGGAAGCAGAGACGUAGUCUUUACCACUUUGCAUCUUUUACCCAAGUCAGAGGGAGAGCGAUGCAGGCCCACUGCCAGCAGCUUUCCCCGACUACUGACAGGACAACAAGCUCAUAGCAGAGUUUCAGCUGAGGCCCGUAAGGAGAGAUCUACACAUCUGGCUGAAUUGGCCCAACAAUCUGGAAGUGACAGCAGCAUUUUGCAGGGUCCAAGGCUCAGACCCAAACCCAGACCUCCUGGGAGAUGUACAGAUCCUGCAGCUCAGAGUGUAGCCUCUUGUCACCAUUCAAGAAUUAGUCUACCCACUGGCCUCAAGUCUCCAAUUUACAAUUCUUCUCCCCAUCUGAGCCCUGGACAGCAAGUUCAGAUGUCCUCUCCUUCCUUCCACCCGGGACCACGAGUCAAAACCCCUCUUUCUCCAACUCCUUCCUCUUCUGAGCCAUUCAGGUAUUGUCCUACACAAAGAAGAAUGACCUCUUCCUUUGGCACUCCUCGGAAAAAUCUAUAAGAAUCCCCAGAUCCAGUUAUCUGAUGUUUGAUUUUUGAAACGUGUAUAUUUACCCUUUUAUGUCAGGUUAUGUGAUAUAUUUGAAAUCAGAAUAUAUAUUCAUCGACUAGCCACCCAGCCAAUACACAGCUCAUCCAUAAAUUCAUCAGCGUCAAAAGCAUUUUUACCAAAUAGUCCCCAAAAAUGACCAGCUAUGGAAAGAGAAUGUGCACUCUAUUAUCUACUUAAUAAAGAUAAAUACUUUUGGCUCCAAGGUGACUGACAAAAAGCCUCUUUUGCUCUGUAAGAGCUCUCCAAAGCAGACUCCACUUUACCCCACACUGUGAUUUGGCAAAUAUCCUCCUCUUACAAACCAUCUCAGUCAACGACACACAUGAACCUUGACCUCAUCUGAAAGCAUUAGACUUUGGUCUUACAGUCAAAGCCGUAUGUAGGGGCUGCAGAGUCCUUAAAUCACCACAUUUCAACAGAACUUGAGAGGGGUUUUUUUUUUUUGCAGUACAUACUACUGAGCCACAUUCUUUUUAAUACUUACAGUAUGUUGUUUAUUAAAGACAAAACGCCCUCUCAGAUCUUGGCCUCUUGUAAGACAUUUCACGGUGGAGUGUUUUCAUGGCUGCCCGUCUCUGCAGUAUGAGUCACAUGUGCAUGCCGCUUUGGCUCUUUUGAGUACCGAGGAAAUUUAGUUGUUGCAGAGAUAAUACUAUAUGAUGAGGUUUCUCAAAGUAAAGUAGGAUCAUUACUGGAAAUAGAGCUUCCUUUGAGUCUACUUUGCUCUGUGUCUUUGCUUUGUUUUUGUUUUUUUUUUUGUUCUUUGGAUGUUUCUUAAAGAGAGGUCCUUCAUUAGCCUUAUACUCUAUGCAAACUGGUUCUUUGCCACAGUGCAGACCACAACCCCAUGGUAAUUCCUCUUGUCAGGAUUUCAUUAUAAAUGGCGCAUUUGAUGUUUUUUUUUUUCAUCAUCUACAUUCAACAAAAAGGACCUUUUGUCAAUAACUCGGCACUGUGUAAUACUGUGUUACUGUACUACCCGUAAGUUAUGAGUUAUGUUGAAAUAUUGAGUGGAUAUGUUAUUAUUCCUGUUUUGCUUUCAUCACAGUAGUUGUCAUUUCAGUUGGACAAAGAAUACAUAUGGACAUCAAAGCUAUUUAUUAUCUUGAUCCCAGUUUUUAAAGGUAAAAAAGAUACUAAUGUUAAUUUUGUGAACCUAAGCAAAGGUGUUUAAAAAGGUUAUUUGCUGCUCUAGGAGAGUGAUGAGUAAAAUAAUAAAAGUAUUUCUGAAUUGA